UCUUUGACAAAUAUUGAUUUUUAUUCUUUAUAAAAUUAUAUGCAAAUUGUAUCCAUCCACCAAAAGUAGGUCCUUUUCCGAUCACACCGGGUUCCGCGAACACGUGUUAAAUUUUGUCGCGUAAAAAUGGCAGCCAGGCCACUGAUUAGUGUAUAUGGGGAUAAGGGGGAGACAACCAAAAGCAAUGUCACCCUGCCUGCUGUAUUCCGUGCGCCCAUUAGGCCAGACAUUGUUGUCUUUGUUCACUCUCAGAUGAGAAAGAAUGCUAGACAGCCAUAUGCUGUCAGCGAGAAAGCAGGACACCAGACUUCUGCUGAAUCAUGGGGAACUGGAAGAGCUGUGGCUCGUAUUCCCCGUGUUAGGGGAGGUGGCACCCACAGGUCUGGCCAGGGAGCCUUCGGAAACAUGUGCAGAGGUGGACGAAUGUUUGCCCCCACCAGAACCUGGAGACGCUGGCACAGAAAAAUCAACGUUAACCAGAAGAGAUAUGCUAUCUGCUCUGCCAUCGCUGCCACAGGAAUCCCCGCUGUUGUCAUGUCAAAAGGUCACAGAAUAGAGGAAAUUCCAGAGGUGCCCUUGGUGGUCAGUGACAAAGUUGAGGAGUUCAAGAAGACCAAGGAGGCUGUCGCCUUACUGAAGCGUGUCAAGGCCUGGGGAGACAUCCAGAAGGUUUACAAUUCUAAACGAUUCAGAGCUGGCAAAGGUAAAAUGAGGAACAGAAGAAGAAUCCAGAAGAGAGGCCCACUUGUUAUAUACAACUCAGACAAUGGCAUUUGUAGAGCAUUCAGAAAUAUUCCAGGUAUCACACUCAUCAAUGUAUCUCGUCUGAAUCUUCUAAAGAUCGCUCCUGGUGGUCAUGUAGGAAGAUUUUGUAUCUGGACAGAGUCUGCCUUCCGCAAAUUGGACAAAAUAUAUGGUUCAUGGAAAAAAUUAGCUGCUGAUAAAAAAGAUUACAACUUACCUAAACCCAAGAUGACUAAUUCAGAUUUAUCAAGACUGUUGAAGAGUGAUGAAAUUCAGUCUGCUUUACGUUUACCCAAGAGGGAUAAUAAUAGAAGAAGAGUGCUUAAGAAGAAUCCAUUAAAGAAUCCUAGAGUUAUGAACCAUCUUAAUCCCUACAGUAAAGUAAUGAGAAAAGCCGCUCAGAAUGUGGAGGCCAUCCGCAAAGCUUCUCGUCAGGCCAAGCUGGAUGCCAAGCGUGGAAUCAAAACAGAGGCCAAGCCACCUGCAAAGAAAGCAGCAAAGGCCAAAAAGACAGCAAAGCCAGCAAAGAAAUAGACAGAGCAAAUACUUGACAACAAGGUCUCCUUUCCUAAUGACUGCAUCUUAAAUAUGACUGUCAAAAAGGCAUGUGAUUGUAUCAUGUUGUCAAAAUAAAGUCUCUGAUCACCUUG